CUUAUUUAUGCCGCGCGCAUCUCCAUUACAGCAUCAUACAGUAAGCCAGGCACGGGAAGGAUCACAGCUUCUCCUCUAACGCCUUCAACAUCCGACACAGAAAAUAAACGGUUUCCGAAGUCAAAAAAAUGAUGUACUACAGCAUCCUGGCUUCCUUCUGCCUGCUGGGCAUGGCCAGCUCUCAGAGCAUAAACACGCUGACUGCCUGUUUGACCAAGGAUCAAAACUUACAGAUGGAAUGCACGUUCACCCUACCAAAUCAGGGCAAUGCAACAUGCACCUAUGUAGUAGAUAAGAAAGUGGUGGCUACUACUAAUAUCACCAAUACUGUGGAUCCCACCUUCCAGAACCGGGGCAGUGUCAACAUGCGUAGCGAUAAAUGCGUGUUGACUCUGACAGGUUUUGCAGAUAGCCAGCCCAAGAUGUACAACUGUACCAUCCAACAGGACAAAUCUGUUCUAAAUAUGGGACUAACUGUGGACAAGAAAAAAACCAUGGCCUGCUCUGCUGGCAACACUCUGAAGCAUGGUGGUGUGAUUCUGCUGUUGGCUUUUGUCCUCCCUCUGCUGUCUGGUAUGCUGUGAGCCAUUAGGAUGAAUGUUGGAGAGAAAUAAAGCCUUAAACAUUCACCACUGGCCAGGCCGUGGCAAUGAAGCCAUAAUUUCCGCCCUGCACUGAAGAAACGAUCUACUCCUGCUACCAAAUUUUAAGUGCUUUCAAAUGAUGAGGAUAGUGCCUGUAGUCUUUCGUUUAUAUUCACUUCUGUGGUCUGUGUUGGUGACAAGUCGAUGAUAAUGCUGGGAUUUUCUGUGUUCUUUCUGUGUAUUAGUCGUGACUUCCUACGGCAUGCUGUAUUACAUCAUAUUACAUACUAUAUUAGAUCAUACAAAACAUGAAGCAUGUGGGUACUAUUUUAAUUGUGUUCAUAUAUUGAUUACCAUUGAAAGCCUAGGUUUUUUUUAAUGUUUUAUUACCAUGAUAUUGUUGGUUUAUUUAGAUUUUUACUGAGUGCUGCAUUACAGUAUAAAAAUUGACUGAUUAUAUAGCUUGUCUGAACUUGAUACCUUGUUUAAAGAAAUAAAAUGCAUUUUCUGCUA